AUGCCGCCGAAGAAAAAUGCGGCGGUUAAAAAGAAGCCCGCUAAAUCUGAGGGUGAUCCCGAGGAAGUAACUGUAGCGGGAAUACUGUCGAAAACCAUAGUAUCAGUAAUACUGCUAGCACUGCUGUACCAGUUCUAUAUGUACAUACAAGUAUCACUCAUCGCUACUCCCGCUUUGCCGAAAUUUGACCUGAACGUAUGGUGGGGACCAAACAAUACUAAAAUACAGGAUAAUUCAAUAAGACCUUAUAGAAUUGUUUUUUCGGAAUCUAUGCAAGAGAACCUCCGGAGAAAAUUCGAAGCGUACCGUCGGGCGACCCGCAUAAAAAGCUUGAACGAGACCUCAGAAUAUGGCAUCAACUCCGAUGUACUGGGCCAGAUAUUCGCACACUGGCAAUUCAAAUAUAAUUACAGACACCAGGAAAGAUUUUUGAACAAGUUUAGUCACUUCAAGACAAAUAUACAAGGCUUGGACAUACAUUUUAUGAGAGUGAAACCAGAAACUACGGACAACGUUAAGGUUUUACCCCUACUACUGCUUCAUGGAUGGCCGAAUUCUGUGAGAGAUUUCUAUGACAUAAUCCCGCUUUUGACCACACCAAGGCCGGGAUACGAUUUUGUAUUUGAGAUUAUUGCACCAAGUCUUCCUGGUUUCGCUUAUUCACAAGGAGCAGUAAGAACAGGAUUUACACCAUAUCAAAAGGCCAUCGUGAUAAGAAACCUCAUGGAGAAAAUAGGCGUCAAACAAUUUUACAUACACGGAGAAGACAUUGGAAGCUUAAUAGGAUCACAUUUGGCCACAAUAUUCCCGAAACAAGUUCUUGGAUUCCAUACUAACACACCAAUUAAUCUUUCAAAGUUGGCACAAUUAACAUUAAUCGCUGGAGCCUUAUUUCCUUCAUAUACAGCGGGAGAUUUGGCAGAUAAAAUAUAUCCUUUGAAAGACAAAUUUAGUUACUAUUUAGAGGAAUUUGGUUACGUUCAUUUGCAAAGUACAAAGCCGGAUACUCUAGGAAUAGCACUUCAAGAUUCUCCAUUAGGUUUAGCAGCUUAUAUUGUCGAGAAGUAUUUCCUUCUGACUAAUCCUGACAAUAAGUACAAACAAGACGGCGGUCUUUCUGACUUUGAUAAAUCCGCUUUAUUGGACAACGUGUUGAUGUAUUGGACCACUGGUAGCAUCACUACUUCCCUUCGAUUUUUUAAAGAAUACUAUAGCGAUUACGAUAAAGAAGAGGCCCUUGAAAGAAUCCCGACUCAAGUCCCAACGUGGGGUCUACGAACGAAGUACGACCCUGUUCAGCAACCUGACUUCCUCGUGCGUUGGAAGUAUCCGAACCUUGUGGGUGUUACUAACAUGGAUGCCGGAGGUCAUUAUGCGACCUUUGAGAAACCAAAGGAAAUAGCUGAUGAUAUUUUUAAGUCUGUAAAGAGUUUUCUGACUGAAUAA